CAAAAGUAAAACCAAAAAAAUAUAUAGUUAGUGUUUAUAAGUGUACAAAACAAUUGGUGAAUGAGCAGGAAAAGGAGUUAAGUCGAGAAUCAGGAACAGGAUCAAAACCCGAGCCAGCUCCAGAAAGUGAAAUACCAGACAGAGAGAGAGAGUCCUGUGCCAAAACACAUUGGGCAUUACUCACCCGGAGCAAAACAGUGGACAGCAGACUCUGGAUUCGGUUAGCAGUGAGACUCCAAGAGAACACCUCUGGACAGGGACAGCAGGACCACUGCCAAAGGAAACAUGCCGCUGGCGUUGAAGGCGCUGCAGCUUGCGUCCGGUGCCACGCCACCGCCCCAUUAGAGGCUGAGCCCUUAUCCACAAUUGGCAAGGGCGGGGCCAAGGCACUGGCACCGGUACACCGGUACACCGGUAUCGGGCACCGGCAACGGCACCGGCAGCAUGGUCACAAUGUCGGCAGCAACCACAUCCACAUCCACAUCCACCUCCACAUCGACGGCAGCCACAUCCGCCGGAGCCCCGUGGAGGAUGCACCACCUGCUGCUGAACGCAAGCACGGAGGCAGGGCAGGUGGGCGGGGAGCCGGCGACGGGCGUUGGGAGCCCCACGACGUCACCCGGCUACCUGCCGCUGUACGAGGAUGUUGAGGCGGAGGCGGAAGAUGCUGGCUAUGCGCUGAUCGAUGACAUUAGCGAGUGGCUGCUGAGCUCGGCGGGCGUGGGAGUGGGCACUGAUGAUACGGAUACGGAUGUAGGAUCAGAGAACAGUACGGCCGCGGCCAAUGAUACCCUAGGCUGGCUGGGUCUUGACCUGAGCGAGGUGCUCAAUAGCACGUUGCCCAGCAGCAGUCGAGGUAAUGUUAGCUUUGUGCCCGCGGAGGCGGAAACGGAAGCGGCAACAACGGAGCUGGAGUUGGACACGGAAACGGAGGCGGAACCCAGAGGACGAUAUGCGCUGCGUAGCUUUGUGGAGCAGCAGCUGGAGAGCGGAAUGGGAGGCGCGGCUGCUGGCGGCGGCGGUGGUGGUGGCGAUGCUGGCAUCGCUUUAAUAGACAGCGGCGAGGAGGCGGCGCUGGACAAUGUGGCGGACGCGGAGACGGACUAUGGCCUGCUAGGUGGCUUCGGGGAUGCGGAAUUGCUCCAGCGAACGGCAACGGCGGCGCGGGAAACGCUGCACAAUCGAACCAGCUACGAUGGCGGCGGAACGGGAGGAGGUUUGGGACUGGGAGGAGGAGCGGGUGCAGCAGCAGGAGCAGGAACAGGUGCGGGUGCUGGUGCUGGUGGUGGCGGUACUGGAGGCAGCACCUUUAUGCUACUCCUAGAGAACUUUAACGAUUAUUUUCCUAACUACAAUGGUAGCACGGUUUCGGGAACAACCACUGCCGCCUCGGGCAUGGUGGCCACCGCCUCCUCCUCGGCCUCCUCCUCCUCCGGCAGUGUUGGUGUCGGUGGCCUACUGAUCGAGCAGAAUCUAACCGGUCUGUAUUUCGAUGGCUAUCGGAUUAAUUGCACCAAUGAGACGCUCAAUCUGACCGAUUCCUGCGCAGAUAUGCGAGUGGUGGACCACAAUUACUGGGCGCUCAUCCUGAUUCUAUUUCCCAUCCUCACCCUCUUUGGCAACAUCCUGGUCAUCCUGUCCGUAUGCCGUGAGCGUUCACUGCAAACGGUCACGAAUUAUUUUAUAGUCUCGUUGGCCAUUGCCGAUCUUCUGGUCGCCGUGGUCGUGAUGCCAUUUGCUGUAUAUUUUCUGGUAAAUGGAGCCUGGGCCCUGCCUGAUGUCGUUUGUGAUUUCUAUAUAGCCAUGGAUGUGAUAUGUUCUACUUCAUCGAUAUUUAACUUAGUUGCCAUCUCCAUAGACAGAUACAUCGCUGUGACGCAGCCAAUAAAGUACGCCAAGCACAAAAACAGCCGCCGCGUUUGCCUUACAAUAUUGCUGGUUUGGGCCAUAUCGGCAGCUAUUGGUUCACCGAUAGUUUUGGGUCUUAACAACACGCCCAAUCGUGAGCCGGAUGUGUGCGCCUUCUAUAAUGCCGACUUUAUCCUGUACUCCUCGCUAAGCAGCUUCUAUAUACCCUGCAUUAUAAUGGUGUUUCUCUACUGGAACAUUUUUAAGGCACUGCGUAGCCGGGCGAGAAAGCAACGGGCGGCUAGGAAACCCCAUCUCUCGGAGCUAACCGGCGGCAGUGUUAUCGAGAAUAUUGCCCAGACUCGUCGACUGGCGGAGACGGCAUUGGACAGUAGUCGACAUGCCAGUAGGAUCAUGCCGGACGAGCCGGCCACGAAUACGGCAAGUGGUUCCAAUGAGGAGGAGGAUGAGAAUGCCAUAUCGCCGGACAUCGAUGACUGUCAUGUCAUUGUGAACGACAAGUCCACCGAGUUUAUGCUGGCCACCGUUGUCGAGGAGACGGGCAACAGCGUUGUGGCCCAGAUCACCACACAGCCGCAAUUGGUUAUUGCCGAUCCGAAUGGUAAUCAUGAUUCUGGUUAUGCAGCCUCAAACGUUGACGAUGUCCUUGCAGGCGUGGGCAUGGCCGCUGGCUCCAACGCCCCCGCCUCAUCGGCCAUCAUCUCAGCGGCGCCACCAAGCAGCGGCUCACCGCCAGACAGUCCCCUGCCCAGUGGUGCAACCUUGCAACGAUCGAGCGUGAGCAGCCGCCGGAAUACCGCCGAUGAUUCGCCAAAACGUGGCGAGCCGGCCCUCAGCGUUGCCAUGAAGCCAUUGUCCUUUGUCCGGUAUGGUGUACAGGAGGCCAUGACUUUGGCACGCAACGAUUCAACGCUAUCGACCACAUCGAAGACGUCCUCGCGCAAGGAUAAAAAGAACUCGCAGGCGUCAAGAUUCACGAUAUACAAGGUGCACAAGGCCUCGAAAAAGAAACGCGAAAAAUCGUCAGCGAAAAAGGAGCGCAAGGCCACCAAAACAUUGGCCAUUGUUUUGGGUGUCUUCCUGUUCUGCUGGCUGCCCUUCUUCAGUUGCAACAUCAUGGACGCCAUGUGCGCCAAGUUCAAGAAAGACUGCCGACCGGGCCUAACGGCCUACAUGCUAACCACCUGGCUGGGCUACAUUAAUAGCUUUGUGAAUCCGGUGAUUUAUACGAUCUUUAAUCCUGAAUUCCGCAAGGCAUUUAAAAAGAUAAUGCAUAUGGGGUGAUUGAAUGCAUUGAGCAGAUCAAUCAUAGGCAUAGCAAACAGGAUGUGGCAAAUGGAAUUGGAAAAGCAGAUGCAGACGAAGAUGAAGAUGAAGAGCUUCCCCAUUUUGAAGGAAGAAAUGGAAAGUAGAAAAGUGUGCCAAAAGCAAGCAAUCCAAGCACCAAGGAUCUCAACCCGCCAUUCAAUUAGGCAUUGGGUUUUAGUUUAGUUUUCAGUUUUUUUCUGAUUUCAUUGUCUUAAACAGAGGAGUAACCCGUUCAUUGACUUUUGUAAAUAGAUCUGUAUAUACACCUACUCCCAAAGUUGGAGAAGCUGUAGGAUAGGUACAAUUUUUAACAAUUACAUUUAGCUAAACCCAAAAGUCCCCCCUUAGCGAUAUAAUCAACUGAACAAAAGAGAACUUGCUAUGCUAAAAAAACACAACUCGUAAGUAGACGUAAGUUGUGGUUAUAGGAACAGCUAGCACCAUAAGAUACGGAUUCGCUUUAAUAAUAAAACCAAAAUAGUAGUAACGUUUUUGUAAGCUGCUCCCCCCGAACCUGUCACAUAUCACGAGCAGCAAGCUAAUGCCCACCCAUGACCCAUCCUGCCUCCCCCCUCAAAAAAUCCAAAAAGAAAUUAGUAAAUAAGCUUAGAAAAAAGUCAUAUCUUUAAGGCCAUAUCGAUAUUUGAUGUCGGUGCCUAGAGCUAGUUAGUUAUCGAUUAUAAGGAUAAGGUAUCAAGCGGAUCCUUGAGGUCAGAAUCCUUUACCAAACACACAAACACUUGCACACUGCACAUACGAUUGAUCGAAGAAAGCAAUGCCCUGGAAUAUUUUUUAAAACCAAAAAGCAUUUAUCGAUUAUCGGUUCAGAUCAAAAACAGAAACAUAAACCCGUUGGGAAUUAUAUGCAUUACUUAACGGUACACACACACACACAUGAGCAGACAUUACAAACCAAAAUGAGCCCCACAAAUCAAAACGUAUUUAAGGGAGACUGACCUCGAUGUUAGUCCGCUUAAAGAGCACACUUUUUUUGUUUGACUUUCAGUUCAAUUUAAUAUAUAGCUAAUUAAUACAGGCAUAUAGGAUGGACACGAUGUAAGCGCAUUUAAAACCAAAAAGAAAAGGUCGUACCUAGGCUAGACACACAUAGAGAUUAGAUAAUUAGUAUUUAAGGAAGCGGCGUACCUAGUACACCAAGAAGCAGAGAGAAUAUGUAUUCGUUACCUAUAUCAGAUAGUACCAAGGGAUAUAUAGAUAAAGCCACGAUGCAUAGCAGGGAUAUGAGAGAGACGGUAGAUGAAUCAGGGUACGUAGAGCAUUGCUAGAAGCAAUGUCCCAAGGAGAUGAGCUCCAGCUGAAGACCGAACAUAGCAUAUACAUAUAUAUAUAUAUAUACCCAAAGUGUGUAUAGUCUAUAGGGUAAUAUCAAAAACAGAGUUUUUUGAAACACGGACCAAGCCACCGACCGGCCACAAACAGACUUUGGACACCGAUUGCCCGAUGCCCUCGUUGGGAUCUGUCCUAACCAGCAUCAGCUGGCUGAGAGUGAAGUUUGAGCAGGAGUUCGAGACGAGUGGCAGGUCAUGCUGCUGAGAGCACGCCCCUUGCUCUCAACCAGGAUUAGGAGCAAUGGACCAGAUCCGUUGGGGCAUCGUCCAGCUGUUUUCGGCGAUACCUCGCCUGUUGUGGACUUCGGCUACGUCCUUUGGUCCGUGCUUUCAAUAGCCGUCCUCUUAACUGUUUCUAUGUGACAAAUAAUUGAUAGAUAAACCUACUCCUACCAUGUGUGUAGUAGUACUUUAUACAAAUUCCAUAUAUGAUAUGAAUGAAUAUUGUGUAGCCAUAAGCUCGGAUUAUGUGUAACUUUAGGCUUAGGCAAUGCCCGAUGGAGACUCGAGGGCAAGCUCAACUGUUUUUAUACUUUCCUAAGAACUCCAAUAGUAUUUCCGGUGUGCAUGAUUUGCGUGACUCAAAGUGUGUGUUU